UCCGCAGCCUGACAUACUUAGAACCAACUGUUUCUCUUUGCCACGGAAAAAAAAACGACCAAGGACGAAGACUUGGUACUUAGGAGCCUGGUGAGUCAGGUGACUCUAAACUACGCGUCGCGGCCCGCGGUUACCUGGGACGAAAUUUGCAAUCAGUUCGGCUUGUUUGACAGAUACUACCAAGGCCCAUAAACCCCAAUUGACUACAGUAAUACGCUAGCCUCCCGUAAUCCCAAAUCAGGCGAACUGUCGAAUUAGUCCUUCUGGGUCAUACCAUUUGGAUCUGCUGUUAAUGGCGGCUAUACUUAAUGGAUUAUUGAUACCAGACUCAGUGUCCGAAGCCUCCUCUCCUCGUCCUCAUUCCAGGACUUUCUCAACAGUUACUUCCGACACCGUGGGCUCCCAUCUUACAGAACCUCUCCUUCAACACCACCACUCUGGCUCGGACACAUAUCACGAUAUUCCCAGUCGUCAGCCUUCGCACUUCGAUGGAACCAGCUACCAGCCAGAUAUGCUAGAUCUUUCAUCUGAUGGAUCUCCCAACACACCAGAGAAGCGUGGUCAUAGAGCGCAGCAUCAUGUGCGAAGGCGAUUGAGAGCUUGGAAAGGUGUUGGAAUAACGUUAGAAGUUGUCCUUGGUUUAUGGGCAAUCUACACUACCGUUCGAUAUUUUAUUGCUUAUAUUGUAUAUUCUUCUACGGUUGGCCAAAACCUUGCCUUGGGCCUUGCAUGCACCUCUACUAUCGCAUUCGCCUUUCUAAUCUGCGACGCAGUCGUCACUGUCUUUCGAACCCGCCUAAUAGCCUCCCGAAGUUCCCUCCGCUCCUUACUCCUCCUUCGCACAGUCUUUCUAUGUCUCUCCUUCUUCUUCCUCCUCUGCGUAGCCAUCGUCAACUUGGUCGUCACCAUUGUCUUGCGGUGCUCGCACACGUCGGAACUCAGUGCCGACCUUCGUUGCAAUCUCGACAUUGACGUUAUAUGGUCGAUAUCUUCAUCAAAAACGAGCUGUCCGCCCGAGUCGAGUAAUUGGACCGGUUGGAUCGCUCUGGCUAUUUUUAGGGUAGCUGCCACCUUGGUACUCGUGCUGUCCAUGCUCAUCACCACAUCUCAAUACAACAUCACACGCCGACGACUUAACCGGAAACGCCGGCGUUGGAGAAGUGCUACUGGAAAUGGGAAGAACCGAGAAAGCUCAAUGGUAGACAGAGCCACGUCUACACCGCAACCAUCGACAUCGCAACUCGGGGCGGCCAUGCGACAACCGCCUUCUCCCCUGUCCAGGACGGAUUCUCGACAGACCAACAACGGCAACAACAAUGACUGUCGUCCUCAUCAAACGGUAGAAUCGACAUCAGGCGAUCUCGCAAACUGUCGACGUGAAUCAGACGAAGACCUCUGUCUCGAUCCUGCUGUGGCGACACGCUUUGACACUGCAGCUCUACAACAACGUUUAACAGAUGCCAUCUACCUCUCUCCUGGUGCGGGCGGAGGACUUACCAUGUCCUCCUUACCAGACCCACUUUCCAUUAGGGACGACAGAGAAUUGUCAAACUUUGUGGACCGGUUUCGGCUGCUUGUCUCUCAGAUCACUCGGGAGACGGAGGAUGCGAUGGAGUUUGCCAGACCUGACACAGUAGUGACUGCAACACCUGUUGAUGAAGACGAGUCGGAUGAGUCGGAUGAUGAGUCGGAGAACUCUUUCCUUUUUGGUUUAGGAUUUGGUUUGACAGGCUAUCAUGUUGGUGGAGGUCGUGGUGGAGGUCGUGGUGGCGCAACUUUGGGCUAUGACGAGUUUGGCCGACCAUAUCCUCCCGAAGAGCAUGUGAGGAUUUUGAAUUCUUACGUUCGGAGGAUGCCUACGAUCGAAUCAUUGGGAUCGAGAGAUUUUGGUAGUGGGACAACGGGUUCUGUCUAUUCGGGGAGGACGAGCCAGAGUAUGCAAACACUCAGUCGACCGCCUACGGUUAUGAUAAACCAGUCGGAGUUUGGAGGAAGUAAUCCUUCAAGUCGAGCGGCGUCUCUAACACUCAGUAUGACGGGGCCAGGUGGGAGUGCACCUCCCAGUAGAGCGGCAUCUCUAGUGCUUAGUACGACGGGUGCAAGUGGGGGUACACCACAGACUCCGAGAACGCCUGUACUUGAGGAUGGACGACAGCGGGAGUCUCCUGUGGAUGAGUCUGGCGUCGGACGUUUACCAUCACCUGGUGGGAUAACUCAUAGCCGUAGCACGUUUUCGUUCCAUACGGCUUAUAGUGGAGGAGGAGGGUCGGUGAGUUCUCCGAGUUCGGAACAGUAUGUAUCGUUUUCUAGCGAGGACAGCAGACCUCCUUAGAGAGAGGGGUACUCGCCCCCCCUCUUUUGUUAUUGGCGUACCUAUUCCACAGCUUUUUUACUGGGUUUCUUUGGCUAUCUUUUCUCCUCGGGACGAACGUUGUGUAAACCGACGGAUUUUCUCAAUCUGUACCAAUCUACUUGUAGCCCUUGUCUGACCCAUCAUACGAUCUUGCUGUUGCUUAUUCUUUUUUUUUUCUCCUCCACGUCCGGUCGUUUUCCCGAAUACUUAAUAGCGUCUCUUUCUCUCAUCUCGUCGUGUCCUGCCAUCGGUCUUUAUUGUUCGAGACUACCUUACCUGUAGAACCAGCUCUCACCACCAAACACCCUAAUACUUUCCUCUGGAUGUAUACUGUACUCGUUACUAUUUAUAUUCUCAUAACAUGUCAUCGGCUAAUGUCGAAC